AUGUCUCCGGCGGGUGAACUGUGGUGGCUUUGCCGCUGCCUCGACGAGUCUCUCAGCCCCUACACAGAACCACGCGCGUUCGUUUCAACGAGCAAAGAGAACGAGAAGGAAAUUCUAAUCGCUUCUUCUCAGGUCGUUAGAAAAAUUCAGCUGCGAAUUCGUGAAUAUGAUUCUUCGAAUAAAGAGGAAUUGUUCAGUUCAGAGAAACAUUGUUCCGUUCAUCAAUGCCUACCGAAAAUUGUGACUAAAAUGGUGAAUUUGUUAGCUGUUAAAAAUGAAUUUGUUCAACACGUUGCGGUCAAGGCUCUUGUCUUAAUUUCAGAGUUUGUGUUCGCGACAGGGAACGAUUGGGAUGAAUUCGUUUGUUUGUUAUGCUGUUCCUUAGAAAUGGCUUUUACUAGAAUGCUCUCGUGUUCGUCUAAAAAUAAUAACUUUGAUUCUCCUGAUGUUGAUUUCAUGCUGCAACAUGGGCGGAUGAGUUGUGAUUGGUCUACUGUGGCUGGUAUCGUUGGAGUGCUUCGUGUUAUAUGUAAACAUUUGAAGGAAGAUUAUGAUGAUGAACUUGUCAAAGUGUACUAUGACUCUGUUAAUUCUUGUCUUUUGAAAAUGCCUUGGAAUUCGUUGGAUGAGUGUUGGAGUUGUGACAUUGUUAGCCCGAAGAAAAGCUUGUCAGCGAAUGAGCUGCAUCUUAGUAAUUUGGGUGCUAUGGAUCCUGGAAUCAGAUUUCUUGGCACUUUUCUCCAGUUACUAUGCACUUUGGUUGACCCGAAUGAUUCUGUGGAAACUGGUGGUGAUUCUGCCGACAAGCACCCACUAUUUGUCACAGUAAUGAAUCUUAUACCUAGACUUGUAAAGUGGUGUCUCCGCAAGCAAGAAGACAAUUCUGAGACUUGCAUCAUCCAUUACAUGAAACAUAAAUUGCUGAUUUUGAUGAUCAGGCUUGGGUCGCUCUCGUGUCUGGACUGUUCAGAAUCUUUUUCUAGGCUUGAAAUCCUUCAUAACUACUUUCAAGAGCUUCUGCUGCAACCUUUAACUCAAUUUCUGUCUGCUCAAGGUUGUCUUGAAGACUCUCCAUUUUUAUUGAGUUUGUCUGAUGGAGAAACAUAUGGUAUGUCUUCCAGCCAUCUACAAAGACAAGCUAUUUUCCUCUUACUGGAUUGUUCUAUCAGUUUGAUCAGUCAAAGAGGAUCAAAGGAAAACCACAGUGAUUGUUCGGCUUUAAUCUCAUAUUUUACCAAUGACCCAGAUCCAGAGUUUGAUCACUUUCGCAUAAACAAGGGAUCACUAGAGCUUUACAAGUGGAUUCAAGAACAUCUUCCAAGUGAGGUCUCUAUCAACAGUGAAAACUACUCAGAGAUAUGUAUGAACUUCAUGUCAUCUUUUCUCAAGCUAUAUCUUCAUGAGGAUGAUCUAUUGUUUGAUGUGCUAUUGCAAUUGCUGAGCAUAUCAUCUCGUCUCCAGCAACUGUCUGGAAGAAAAGAUGUUGCAUACCAGGAUGUAAAGAGAGAUUUUCAUUUUGAUCUGUCUGACAUUUUUAAUCCCGUGUACCUUUUCCAUCUGUUUCUUUCAGAGAUACAUUAUGAUCAUCAAGUGCUUCUUGACUAUCUCAUUUCAAAAGAUACUGGAAUAAGCUGUGUUAAAUAUCUUCUAAGAUGCAUGCAUUUGAUAUGCAACUCAUGGAAAUUAUUUGUGGAAUUUCCAUUAUCUGGAGAACUUUCAAAUCAAUCAUCUUGCAAGAGAAGAAAACUUUUAGGGGAUGAUCCACAGUUAGUUGCAGAUGAAACGCCUUCUUCAGUUGACAAUAAUGGAAGUAUUGAAUUGCAUAGCAAGAAUUUUAAGGAAGAUAGUGAAUAUGACUUCAAGCACCAUAACUUUGAACAAUUCAAGAAAGCUGCAGAAUGUUUACUAUCUUUAAACAAUUCCAUUGGAAAUCUUCAUCAAAAGAGCCUGUUUCCGUAUAAUCCUGAAGUGCUUCUGAGACGUCUAAGAAGAUUUCAAGAGUUAUUCGACAGACAGAAACUUGAGUAA